GCUUCCAAGACGUGAAAUAAACGACCAGACGCUCGCCACGAUCGCAGCGGUGAGGUUCUUGAAAGUGCUGUCGAAAUGGUCCGUUUUUCAAUGUACUUGACAGCUUUUGUGGCGUUGUUUGGUUUCUGCACUGUGCAGGCCCGCACUGGUUAUGGACCUGGUGAGCAGGACUGGGGUUUUGUGGAUGUACGAAAAGGGGCUCAUAUGUUCUAUUGGCUCUAUUACACCACGGCCAAUGUGACGGACUAUACCGAACGUCCUUUGGCCAUUUGGCUGCAAGGUGGUCCAGGCGCUUCCUCUACGGGCUACGGUAACUUCGAGGAGCUGGGACCGUUGCAGCUCAAUGGCGAGUAUCGAAACUGGACUUGGGUUAAGGACAUGAAUGUCAUGUUCAUUGACAAUCCGGUUGGCAGCGGCUUCAGUUACGUUGACGGAAUUUCAUACUACACCACUACGAACAAACAGAUUGCCUUGGACCUGGUUGAACUCAUGAAGGGAUUCUAUGCUAAUCAUCCGGAAUUCAAAAAGGUGCCUUUGCACAUCUUCUGCGAAAGCUAUGGCGGCAAAAUGGCGCCUGAAUUCGCCCUAGAACUUUACUAUGCCAUACAACGUGGUGAGAUCGAGAGUAAUUUGGUUUCGGUGGCUCUGGGCGAUCCCUGGACCUCACCCAUUGAUUCAGUGCUCUCUUGGGCACCGUUUCUACUGCAGUUGGGCAUCGUAGAUCAAGAUGGCUACGACAAGAUUGAAGCAUCCGCCUUGAAGACGCAGAAACUUGUCGAAGAGCAGAAGUGGACACAAGCCACCAUACAAUGGAGUACCACGCAAGGAGUGGUGUUGCGUGAAUCUAAGGGUGUGGAUUUCUAUAAUGUAGAAAAACCGACAAAUGGCGAUGCCUACAGCUUAAGAAAACUGGAGAGUCUUAGCUCCAAGGAACUAAUGUACCGCCUGCUCGUUCACUACGACAUUGACGAGGAUCGCGAUACGAUUUUGGAUGAGCUUAUGCUGGGCCCAGUUACUGAAGCCUUGAACAUUACCACCGGAGUCAAGUGGGGCGCUCAAAGUGGAACAACCUUUACACGAUUAAUGGGCGAUUUCAUGAAACCCGCCGUGCACAUUGUCAGCGAGCUACUUAACAAUUCCACAGUGAAGGUGGGCGUUUUCUCGGGUGGCUUGGAUUUGAUUUGUGCCACGCCUGGUGCUGUAAACUGGAUCGCAGAAAUGGAAUGGAACGGCAAAGUUGACUAUCUAGCUGCCCCACGCACUGGCAUUAAUGUGGAUCGCGUGCUGGAGGGCUAUGAGAAAACUUCGGGUAAUUUUAGCAUGUUUUGGGUAAAUCGUGCCGGUCAUAUGGUACCCGCCGAUAAUCCAGCUGCCAUGUCGCACAUAUUGCGAGAGUUUACCAAUUUCGGUUAAGACCAGAAUAUAAUUAUAUUCAUAUUGUAUUUAACAAUAAAAUAAACAACAUAACAUUCGAA